AUGUGGCACUAUAGAUGCCACGACACUAAGGAAGGAAGAGAGACGAGAACCAUGUGGCACUAUAGAUGCUACGACACUAAGGAAGAGAGACGAGAACCAUGUGGCACUAUAGAUGCUACGACACUAAGGAAGGAAGGGAGACGAGAACCAUGUGGCACUAUAGAUGCCACGCCACUAAGGAAGGAAGGGAGACGAGAACCAUGUGGCACUAUAGAUGCUACGACACUAAGGAAGGAAGAGAGACGAGAACCAUGUGGCACUAUAGAUGCUACGACACUAAGGAAGGAAGAGAGACGAGAACCAUGUGGCACUAUAGAUGCUACGACACUAAGGAAGGAAGAGAGACGAGAACCAUGUGGCACUAUAGAUGCCACCACACUAAGGAAGGAAGGGAGACGAGAACCAUGUGGCACUAUAGAUGCCACCACACUAAGGAAGGAAGGGAGACGAGAACCAUGUGGCACUAUAGAUGCCACCACACUAAGGAAGGAAGAGAGACGAGAACCAUGUGGCACUAUAGAUGCCACGACACUAAGGAAGGAAGGGAGACGAGAACCAUGUGGCACUAUAGAUGCUACGACACUAAGGAAGGAAGGGAGACGAGAACCAUGUGGCACUAUAGAUGCCACCACACUAAGGAAGGAAGAGAGACGAGAACCAUGUGGCACUAUAGAUGCCACAACACUAAGGAAGGAAGAGAGACGAGAACCAUGUGGCACUAUAGAUGCCACGACACUAAGGAAGGAAGAGAGACGAGAACCAUGUGGCACUUUAGAUGCCACUACACUAAGGAAGGAAGAGAGACGAGAACCAUGUGGCACUAUAGAUGCCACCACACUAAGGAAGGAAGAGAGACGAGAACCAUGUGGCACUAUAGAUGCCACCACACUAAGGAAGGAAGAGAGAUGA